AAAAACUCGCCGACGCCCGCACUCAUCGGAUCUAAAACCCGAGCAACCCGCCCCGGCCCCGUUGCCAUCCUGGCCUCCGGGGGCGCUGCUCCCGCAUCUCUAUUCCUCACGUGCGCACCGCCUGCUCGAUGCAAUUCCCCACCCGCCCACCAACCUUCCCGUCCCCGAUGGCGAUCAUGGCGGCCACCGCCACUGCCGUCGCUCCCCCCUCUAGCUCCACCUCGCCAGAUCCCCUCCACCCCAGCCCCCGCUUCCUCCCUCCCGCCUCCACGCCCGCCCGCUGCCGUCUCCUCCCCACGCCGCCGCGGUGGUGCGCGCGCCUCCACAUCGCGCCCCGGGUGGCCGUCGGCAGCGACGUGUCCUCGUUCCAUGACGUAGCUGCCGAGGAGGCCGCGGCUGCGCCCAAGGUCGGGAAGCGCGUGCGCGUCACGGCGCCCGUCCGCGUCCACCACGUUGCCAAGGCGCCCGGCCUGGAGCUGCGCGGCAUGGAGGGCGUCGUCAAGCAGUACAUCGGCGUUUGGAAGGGCAAGCGCGUCACGGCCAAUCUCCCCUUCAAGGUGGCGUUCGAGCUCAAGCUGGACGGCCAGGACAAGCCGGUCCGGUUCAUCGCCCACCUCCGCGAGCAAGAGUUCGAGAUCGUCGGGGACGAAUAGAGCUUUGGAUUAGAGAGAAUAAUAACGCGCUCUCAGCGGCGGCUGUGGCAUCUGUAUACUAUCGUGUCUGUGCGAAAGGAGGACGUUGUCGAGGGUGUGAGGAGAUUGCAACUUUGCUAGUAAGUUGCUGUUUGUUUGCUUAUUUGCGGUGCGCUUCUCCCCUCUCCUCCCUUUAACAUUGAUGAAAUUUUCAUAUGUGAGGAAUUAUUCGAAUGUUUGUCGAUACUUAUGAUCCAAAGUAAUUAAACUGACGAAUCUAUUGAGCAUUAUGUUCUA